CGCAGACGGAGCGCAGUGGAUGGUGGAGAGCUGAAACCAGGAGGGAGGCUGAAGAAGGAGAGAGCAGAGAGAAAAGUCUCCUCGGUGCCACGUGGAGACACUAAAACCAACCUGCAGGAGCAGCAUCAGAGUCCGAUCAGCGGUGAAAGUAGAGAAGCAGAAGGAAAACGGAGCUCCUGUUCGUCCCCCCGCUUCAGCAGCGCCGGGAGGAGACACGCAGAGGAGGAAAGAUUCCCCUAAACGCAGUGAGAGCCUCGGAUGAGGAGAAGAGGAGAGCGGAGGGCAUCGGAUAGGCAGCAACAAGGAUGGCAGCUCCAGACUUAUUGGACCCUAAAUCCGCCACUCACAACACUAAGCCCCGCCUCUCCUUCUCCACAAAGCCAAUCACACUGACUCCUCGGGAGGAGAGCGAGGUGGUUGCCACGGUGAUGAAGUGGAAGACAGUGACGGCCAUCUUUCUUCUGGUGGUUCUGUACCUGGUGAUGGGAGCAGCAGUCUUCAGAUCCCUGGAGCAGCCUCACGAGAGUGCUCAGCGUUUGGCCAUCCUGUCCCAGAAGCUGGAGUUUCUGUCCAGACACUCCUGUGUCAACCAGAGCCAGCUGGAGGAGCUGGUUAAGCAAGUUGUGUCUGCCAUCCGUUCAGGAGUGAACCCUGCAGGAACGCUGACCAACCACAGCAGCCUGUGGGACCUGAGCUCGGCCUUCUUCUUUGCUGGGACUGUCAUCACAACCAUCGGAUUUGGGAACACGUCUCCCCACACUGAAGGUGGAAGAAUAUUCUGCAUCGUCUACGCGUUGUUAGGGAUACCUCUGUUCGGCUUUCUUUUGGCCGGUGUAGGAGAUCAGCUCGGCACCAUAUUUGGCAAAGGCAUUGCCAAAGUGGAGAAAAUGUUUGUGCACUGGGACAUCAGUCAGACUAAGAUCCGGGUCAUAUCCACCCUGCUGUUCGUGCUGUUUGGCUGCCUGCUGUUUGUGGCGCUUCCGGCAGCCAUCUUCAAGCACAUCGAGGGCUGGUCUGCUCUGGAGUCACUCUACUUUGUGGUCAUCACCUUGACUACCAUUGGAUUUGGGGACUUUGUUGCAGGUGGGUCAGAAAUAGAAUACCUGGACUACUAUAAACCAGUUGUAUGGUUCUGGAUCCUGGUGGGACUGGCCUACUUUGCUGCUAUCCUCAGCAUGAUAGGAGACUGGCUCCGAGUCAUCUCCAAGAGGACCAAAGAGGAGGUCGGGGAGAUCAGAGCUCAUGCUGCAGAGUGGACGGCUAAUGUCUCCGCAGAGUUUAAAGAAACUCGUCGUCGCGUCAGCGUUGAGAUCUACGACAAGUUCCAGCGUGCAGCGUCAAUUAAACGCAAACUGUCCUCAGAGCUGGGCUUCAGUCCAGCACCAGAACUCACUCUGCCCAGGAGGACUGUAUCGGUCAACUUUAACGACGAGCGGGACAAGAUUGAGAGGGACGCUGGACUGCAGGGUUUGACAACACCUCUGACCAGAAACAGUGGUUUGUACAUGAACGGGUUGGACCCAGAGAGAGGAGAUAUCUCAAUUAUUGAACACCUCAAGUAGAACGAGGACAGUCAGCACCUUUCAGGAUCCUUCCAAGGCCUUUCAACGUGUCAUCACUGGUCUUAUCAGUGCUGCUCGACCAAAUGAACUGUUUUCACUCACAAAUCAAGUAAUGUGCUACUUUGUGACCCCAACAGGGGCAUCUUCACCCUCUGCAGGGACAUAAGAGGAGGCUUGCUUCAGUGGAUUUUUGACAGCAGGAUACAACUCAUUACAAAAGUGAAACAAAGAGUAUGAGGAAUAUAAAGAGCAUGACUGUCAUGAAUUUACUGGAUGUCUGUCAGCUUAAACUAAAUCCCAAUUAGGUCUCCUAGUAAAGCAAAUUUGCUGAUUGGCGGUGAUUUGGGAUUAGCUGUUAACUUUUUCUGAAGGACAAUAGAAGUUACAUUUCCAACGUACUGUGUACACUGAACAGCCACAACAUUAGAACUACAGGUGAAGUAAAUCACAUUGAUCAUCUUGUUACAAUACAGUGUUUUGCUGGGAGACAGAGAGUCCUGACAUUAAUGGGGAUGUUAUGACAUUACCAUCCACCUAAAUACUAUUUCAGACAAAGUUCAUUCCCUAUGGUCUUUGCGCUUCCCAUCAGGGCAGUGUUCAAUGCCACACGGAAAAAACUGCUUGAGGAACAUGAACAAGAGCCCAACGCAAUGGCCUGGCCUAAACUUCCCAGAUCCUAAUUCGAUUGAGCAGAGGAACAAGCUCCAUCCAUGCAGAUCACACCCGGUGAAUCACAGGAUCCACGGCCAACGUCCCGGCGCCAGACACCAUGAGGGCAGAGUUUUGUUUUGUUUUUGACGACAGAACGGGAAUCUAAAUAGUAUCAGGCAGGUGGUUUUAAUGUUCUGGCUGAUCAGUGUAAACAAAACAAUAAUUUUUGCUGACCUAAUAUUGAAAAGUCAGAGGGUGUGUCCAAGGUAAACGCCUGUGUUUGCUCUCUGUCUGCAUCUUGCAUAUUAGAGUUCUGCAGCGUGUGACUGACUGCAAAGACUGACUGGUGUCAGACGUAACCACCAGGAACCCUAAAACACUGUUUUAAGGAUAAUUCUGUUUUUAUCUGAGUGACAACGACAAUCACAGUCUGCUGAGAUGUUACUUAUAGGUGGAAUAUAAAUGGUAUUAGAAGUGUACACGUAAGAAAGAAACAAUGUCUGAACUACAAACACGGUAGACUGUGUCUAGCAGGUCUUCUACAUUAACAUGGAGCUAAUUUUAGAAAAGUUUUUAUGACAUUUUACACAAAUUGGAUGGAAAAGACCAUUGUUGCCAAAAAGAUUAUUUAAAACAUGAUACAUAAAAGGUGUGGUUUAAUAAUGUUUUAAUUUAAAGCUUUUUGCUGACUGUAAUUAUGCCUGUUUUAUAGAGCAGCUCAGAUAAAUGAGGUUUUCCUUCUUCAGUUUAAUCAUCAGAUUCUUGAUGACGGUUAACUUUUGCAUAUUACAGUGGAGUUGCUAACAGUUAUAAUCACUCCAACAAACCACUGUGAUGCUGAAAAGCAGCACUGUUAGUGAUAUUUUUUAUUAGAUGCUAACAUAUUUUGAUUAUAAAAGUUGUUGGUAUAGAAUUAUCCUUGUUUCUAACAAGUACAAGCCAUUGCUUUCCGCAAACAUAACUUUUAUCAGCAUUUUUUUCUGCUUUUCAGAAACCAAACAUUUAUUUGUUCUUCACUGGAGAACAAUAUUAAAAUAUUUAAACUAGUGUGGCAGUUUUCCAGUCCCACCUCAUGUCCGUCUUACAGUUCUGCUACCAUCAGCUUUUAUUCUUACUGCAGAUUUCUGUGUGGUGUCAGCUUCACAUGUGGUUUUAUUAGAGGGCACUAGUACAUCACAACUCCUCUCAGUUUUACAGAAGAAGCAUCAUUUUCAUGUGGUUUAAAUUGGGCCUCUGAGUCUGGAUGCAUUUUUAAAAGAAUUAGCUCUAUGAACACUGUAGUGCCUCAAACUCUUUACACUAUUGACAAGACAAAGUCCAACACCACGUGAGGUUAACAACAGAUUUUGUACAAGAGUUACAUAUCACUGAGCUCCAUGGUGACACUGAAACAGUUAUCUGUGCUAAUUUGGUUUACUUCAAAUGAGGAACAUUUCUGUCAGUAUAUUUCUAUUCCAACAAACCAUCCUUGUUAUUCUCGGUCAUAUUGUUCUAUUAGCCCAAACACCAACAUGUGGCUCUAUUUAUCCAGUAGAGUUUUCUAUAAUAACAGGAUCUGUUUGGCUCUGUGGAUGCAGGUCUCAUUUGUUUUUAUAGCUGGAAACAAAAUCAGUAUCGUCUAAAAUGAGUUGUGGUUUUAUGUUUCAGGUUCUGUAAUGUAUCAGUAUCGUACUGGCCUUCUGUAUCACUUUACCCUUCUGUUCAUCAACCCAAAGCUGCUAGAACUCACAGCGAUUGCCUUGUCAGAAUACUGCAUAUUUAAAAACAUUUUUUUGCAAACAGUUCUGGAAUUGCAAGGACAUUUGUAAAUGUUAAUUUGUUUUGCUCAGUAUUUUUCAGGCCUUGAAGAUAUAAUGAAAUAUUUUCUCUUUACAUGCAUGACCUGUUGGAUGAAAGCAUCCUUUUGUUUAAAAGUUUUGCUGAAGACGGAGAUGAAGGUUGGAGUGUUUGACUGUCACAGAUGUGGAUGUGCACAGUGACGACAAGUCAUGAAAGUUCAGCUUUUACACACACAGAGAUACACACACAGACACACACACGUGUGUUAACCUGCCGUUAAAAAUGCACUUUGAUUCAACAGUCCUUUAACGUAACAUCACAUCAUGGCUUCCACAGCGAACCAGUCCAUCCACUCAGAGGACUUUGAUUGUUAUGUGGCAUUAAUGACAACUACAUGGUUUAACACACAAACUCCUUCUCUUUAAUAAUCCACACAAGAGAAUUCAAUCCUUUGAUUAUCACACAUGCACGCCCGCACACGCACACACACACAAGACUUGUGUGAAAAAAAAAUACUGUAAAUCUGAUGGCUGAAGUGGGUUUAUAGCUUCAAAUAAUUGAUGUUAACAAUUUACUGAAAGGUGAAUAAAUAAAUCAAGUGAAUGUAAAGACAAAGGAAAUUAGAAAUAAGUCUGUAGUGCAGCCUGUAGGUUUUUUUAUAGCACCAAUAAUACACUGAGAACAGCAGGUAAAAUACCAGAAUAGAUCAGAAAUAUUAGUCAAAUAUGGGGCCCUUUUUUUAGUCCUAAUUGAAAUGCAUUCAUAAGAGGUGAUAGAGGUUCUUUUGUUUUCACUGGAUGCACUGGACGUUCUAAUUGAAUGGAUGAAAAGAUGGGAAAGUGAAGUUCUAUGGAUGUUUUGACUUUUACAAUAGAAGUGCUUUUAAUUUAUGCAUUAACUCAGAGUUUGUAUGGUUCAGUACUAACACUGAAUAGAAACAACAGCAGCAUUACGCUGCGCUGGUCUGUCGUUGCCUUCUCUCAUUGCUAUUCAGCAUGCCAUUGUUACACAACCAUCUGUUUUUAGCUGUGCUAAAAUGAAACUAACUUUUUCAUUCUGUGCUAGAUAUAUGAAUGCUUUUUAUGAUGACAACUGUAUUUUUCUAAACUCUGUUUGUACUGGUAGAGAGACGCUGAUGAGUCUGGAGAACACAUUAUAAUAAUAAUGUCUGUAGAGCUAACCUCUGAUGUAACAGAUUUUUGUACAAUGUAUGACUUGAAAUAUACCAACUUUGGAAUCUUU